GAUGGCGAGCAGCCAAUGAGAGGACAGUCUGCAACAGGUGAGCAGAAGACACACACCUGACCCCCGGCUGCUGCAACACAACACCGCGCAGAGGAGGCGGCCGCGGCUCGGAGAGGGACAUCCUGACGGACAGGGCCGGGAACCAGAGAAGCCGGGACCAUUUCAGCGCCCCGAACAGAACCGAACUGUCAUUUACUCUCUUUAAUCUGGAGGCAGGUCGGCGCGGAUUAUUGAUCAGAUUUAAUCCGCUUUCUGCUUUAAAAAUAGCGGCGAUGCUUCAGGACUCCCAGCGCAGCAGCGACUAGUUCCAGGUUUCAGGUCGAUAGUCUCCCAGUCCGGCAGCACCAUGAUCAGCUCCGAGGGCCUGCGGCCGGCCCCCGCCGGCAGGAAGCCGCUGGGGAAGCUCGCUUCCCGGCUGGAGGAGGUGAAGAACCCGUGGAGGGAGGGCUCCAAGCUGGAGCUGAGCCACAACGAGGCGGCGCGGCUGGCCACGGACGCGCUGCUGGAGCACGGGGAGAAGGAGUACCGGCGGGUCCUGGCCGAGGAGCGGGAGCUCAACUUCCUGUCCCCGCUGGAGAUCCGCUACAUCAGCCAGCAUGCCGCCAGCAAGACCUCCGACCCCGACAACGGCGACCGGGACGACGGGGACGCGGACGCCGUGUCCGAGCUGACCUCCGGGACUUACUUCCCCAUGAUGUCCGACGACGAGCCGCCGAUGCUGGAGCUGGGCUGGCCCGAGACCCCGGUGCGGUUCGGACCGUCGGAGACCCAGAUCUACUUCCAGAGAGACAAAACCCACAACAUCAAGGACCUGAUCCGGUCCAUGAUCAACAAGGCCAAGAAGGUCAUCGCCGUGGUGAUGGACAUCUUCACCGACGUGGACCUGAUGUGUGACCUGAUGGAGGCGUCCAACAAGCGGCGAGUCCCCGUCUACAUCCUGCUGGACGAGAAGAACCUGAGCUACUUCACGGACAUGUGUGUGGCGCUGGACAUUCAGAACUCUCACCUGAAUAACAUGCGGAUUCGCAGCGUCUGCGGCGACACGUACUGCACCAGAGGCGGGAAGAAGUUCACCGGUCAGGUCCUGGAGAAGUUCAUGAUCAUUGACUGUGAGGAGGUCAUCGCCGGCUCCUACAGCUUCACCUGGCUGUCGGCGCAGGUGCACAGCAACAUGGUGAUGCAUUUCUCAGGUUUCAUCACCGACAGCUUCGAUCGGGAGUUUCGCUGUCUGUACGCCGACUCGCAGAUCAUCGACAGGUUCAACUCAGAAGACGAAGAGAUGCCUUAUUAUCCGUCAUACCAGACCUUCCAGGCCCCUGGGAUCGGCCUGGGGCUCGGCGGGCCCCUGGGUCUGGACCUGCACUCCGACAGGCAACGGGACCGGAGUUGCUCUGAAAACUCCAGCAGCCAAUCAAGUAACAGCGUUUCCAGCGUUAAGGUCGCUCCGGGGAUGACCUCCAACAACGUCUACAAGGUCACUCAGGGUCAUGAGAAGAAGGAACCCGUCGGCUCGUCUCUGCAAAGCCCAGAGAGGAGAAUCGGUGGCGGGCUGAGGGUGGGAGGCCCGGGUGUCCGAGGUUCUCCCAAUGGCGGAACCGGUCACAACCCGAUCACCGACCGCCAGCUGCCAACCUACAGCCAGUCAACGGGCAUCGAGUGGAACAAACCGAGCUCAGCCGAACUCUUGCGGGCAAACAUUGGUGGCACUUCUACCAAAUUUCAGGGAUUGGGUUUGUAUGAUCACAAGCCCACCUUGUUUCAAAGUUCUCCAAACACAAACCUGAACCUUAAGAUCCAGACGCCGUCGCCCGUCAACGAGCCCAAACUGCCCCCAAAGCAGAGGACGCCCACUGGCCAGUACCACAACAAGAUGUCCGACAAGCUGCUCUUCUCCUCCAAAGACAAGGAAACCUUCAACUUCCGGCGUUCUCCGUCCCCGCUGAACUCCUCGCCCUGGGGCGGGCCAGAACUCUCUCAGCCAGAGCCGGAGAGCCAGCAGUGCCCGCCGCCGCCGACGUCUCCGCCGGGCCACAUGAGCCGCCAGGACCAGAAGCGGAUGACGCUGGGCCACAGCAAGCUGGACCUGGUGAACCACUACAACAAGCUGAAAACGAAGCAGGUCUACAGCCGCUUUGAGCUGAAGAGCAAAAACUGAAGGACCGUCUGCGUCCUGCCGCACCGUUCAGACUCAGAGAAGUUUUCUGAACCUUUUCUGUUAACUUUUUAUUUCUUUAUUAUCUUCCACAGCCGGAAAACAUGGAACACUUACUGAGUCGGCCAUUUUGGCUCUGAGAUACUGUUCAGUUUCCCUCCUGAAACCGUUUCGCCUCUUCAUGGAAAUAAGGACCAACUGUUGGUUUCAACAGGGGGGUUCAAAGUGCGGCCCAGGGCCAUUUGCAGCCGUCUGAAUGAUUGUGUGUGGCCCCCAACCUCAAUCCAAGGAUGGACACUUUUUCAUCUUGUAGAGCAAGUUUUUAACUAGGUUUUUUUUUUUUCUUUUUUUACAGAUUCAUAACAUCUUACAAAAAUAUGAGGUACAAAAAAUAGAUUCUCUUAUAUUAAUUGCUUUUGUCUUACCUUUGGAGUAACUAGAACCACAAAGAUCUAAAAUAACUUAAAAUUUCACUUUAUUAUUGAACAGAUGCAUUUAAAAAAAGGCUCAAGAAGUUUGUUUUAAAAUACUUUUGCAGCCUCCAAGUGUUGGGAAAAUGUUUGGACACCAGUGGUUGAAAGAGAUUUUUCUGUAUUAGAUUAUUUUAUAUAACGUUUAUUCUCUAAAAUAAUCUGUUAAUCAUCAGUCGUGCUCUGGAAACAAGAAGGCGUAGCAACGAGCUAACACUGGAUUAAACCUUCAACACUCCAGGAACGUUUUUUUCUAGCUGUUGUAAAUAAAUGCAAUCUUAUGAUAAUUUCACUGUAUAAAUAUUUUAUUUUAAAACUUAUUUUAACUGCCCCUCCCUUAAGUGUUAUCUACAAUUACCAGCAAUCUGAAUUCAAGAUAUUUUAAAGUCUUAAAACCUUCAAAAAGUCAGGUAAUUUAAAUGAAUCUUGUUGAAAUUGUUUCUGUUGAUGUUUUAUUAAAUCAGAAUGCACUGUAAAACAUUCGCAGGUUGAAACUGGCACAAAAAAUUAUUCUGAGAAUAAAGUCAUAACAUUAGGAUUAAGCCAUAAAUCAUAAAGUUAUAACAAUACAAAAAAGGUUGUAAUACAAUAAUAAAGUUGUUCGACAGAAUUACAUUUUUUGAAAACUCCUACAUGAAAUAUAAUUAACAUUUAAAAUAAGAAAUGUUGAAGAUCUUGAAAAGUUAUGUUUUGGUCGGUUUUAUAAAUUAGAAAAUAUUUAAUCUUUUAUCACAUCAGCAUUAAGUUGUUAUCAGUAGCAGGACAACAGUGGAGUCUGUUUGGAAAGAACCACCUGGACCUGCUGAGCGGGUCACAUCAGAUCUUAAUAACUUUAUAAAAGUUUUUUCUCAUAAUUUUUCAUCUUCUUUCUGAUAAUUAAAAAUUAAAAAUCCCCAAUGCGCCGUCGUAGCUUCAGUUAGAGGCUGGAAGCUAAAAGGCACAAAGAUUCCCAAGUUUUUUUUGUUUGUUUUUUUCAAAUUAUACUUAUUUUAAAUUAUACUUACUUAUUAAAUUUCAGCAACAACCAAUUAACCGUUCCAGCAUAAAUCUUGCUAAUUUAACAGGAAGCGAAAACAAAUCUAAUAAGUUGCAGCAUUGUGUGUCAUCCUGACACCCGGGCCGAGUCGAAGGAAAUAGAGAAAUGAUUUAAAAAAUGAUUCUGUACAUAAAAAGAAAAAUAUAUACCACAAUUAGCAAUUGUACCAAUUAAAUUCAUCACCACACUAAAAGUUGAGAAGUUUUCAAAUUGAAGUGUCUGGAGGACGUUUUUAAUAAACGGCGGUAUCGCUCGGCGUCUCUGUCCCAUAAUCCCUUGCUUCUGUCUGUGCUAACAGAUGAGGUAGUCUCAGUUCACCUGUAACGUCUUCAUGUUUCAUCCUCUGUUACACAGAAGGAAGCAGGAAGGAAAUGAAGAGCUUUCAGUGUCUGAAACAAACCGCCUCUUGAAAGUCAUGAAGCUUUUUAGCAUCUUCUGAGACUCUUGCAGGAAUUAGCCGGUGCCGUGACUCACCCAGUGGUAGAUGGGACCAAAUGGGUCAGUAAAAAAGGAGAAAUGCUGCAGACCCGUCUGGACUGCACACUGUGCACUGCCCUAAGUUAAUAACACCUCCGUCUCCAGGUUUCAUUUUGUUUUACCGCAGCAGCACAGCUGCAGACAGCAUGUAAAGGAAUCGUCUUUUUGUCCUCCAGCAGUGGGCUCAACAUUUCUGGAUAUAAAUAAUAACAUCCAGCGGGUCUCAGGAUUAGUAAUGAACAUUAAAGCGUCAUCAGCAUAGAGUGUGAUUCUGUUUUCCACAUUUUAUUUUCCUAACUUGCAGAAAAACCCUGUUGGGUCCUCAGAGCGUCGGGAUAAAAACGUAGAGAAGGAAAAACCGUUUACUGGUUUCUGAACGAAUCCGACUCAGUUUGCUGCACAAUCUGAUGUAUUUUUAUUAUUAUUAUUAAAUAAUGAUCAACUGUUUUAUUUUUUUAUAUGUGCGAUGUUGAAACAGAAAUCAAGCUGUUCAUCUGCAGUUUUUUUUGUUAUGAUCAUAGUUUCCUGGUAAGUCGUGCCUUGAUCAUCCUGCCUUAAGGUUUACAGCCACGUUUCUGACCAACUCUGUCUCUGACCACCUGGAUUGGGUCCAAACUCGAGGUUUCCUCCUGUCCGGCGCAGGAGCAUCAGCAGAAUGAGACCUGAAGGUUUCAGGGCAUUUUCUUCCCAGCAGCUCUGCUGUGAUGUUGUAUAAAACACUGGUUUCACUGGGUUGCUUCUCAAAUCUCCUUUUAUAUCCAGAUUUGUAUAAAACUUAUUGAACUGUUUCUACUUGGAAGUUUUAAGAAUGAAACGCGCUGAUCAUCAGCCGGCACAUCAGGGCUUCAACCUCGGCGUCGAGCAAUAAGGAAUGAUGUUGAUCACACGUUUUGUGUUUGUUUACGACUCAUUUUUGUAAUUUUUAUUGUUUUGUCUUCAUUUAUUGCCUUCAGCUGAAAUGUGUCAGAAUGUGCAGCCAUCAGUUUACCUGCAGUUUGGCUGAAUAAUCCGUUUAUUGUACAUAUAAAAAAGAUUUCUGAUUAUUUUGUGUUUCACAAUUAUUAUUAAUGGAAAAUGUGAACUUUUAGCUUUUGUUAAAGUUGAUUUUCUUUUUUAAGAUGAACAAAUUUAAAUAAAAACAAAAAGCUGA